CGCGGGCGCGGAGCCGCCAUGCGCGGGGCCGCCGGGCGUGCGCUGCCGCCGCAGUCGUCCUCGUCGUCGUCGUCGUCGUCGUCGUCGCCGCCGUCCUCGUCGUCGUCGUCGCCGUCGUCGUCGCCGCCGCCGCCGCCGCCGCCGCUCUUGCCGUUGUUACUGCUGCUGGCGGCGGCGGCGGGACCGGGCGGCGGCGAGGAAGCGAUCCAGUGCCCGCCGUGCUCGGAGGAGCGGCUGGCUCGUUGCAAAGCACCGCAGGGUUGCGCGGAGCUGGUGCGGGAACCGGGCUGCGGUUGCUGCGCGACCUGCGCCCUCGGCCGCGGCACCCCCUGCGGCGUUUACACCGCCCGCUGCGGCGCCGGGCUCCGGUGUUACCCGCCCCGCGGCGUACCGAGGCCCCUGCACACCCUCAUGCACGGCCAGGGGGUCUGCACGGACCUGGCCGACGUCGAGGCCAUCCAGGAAAGCCUCCAGCCCCCAGAGAAGGAGGAGGUCGACCACCCCAACAACAGCUUCAGCCCCUGCAGCAUCCACGACCGCAAGUGCCUGCAGAAGCAGCAGGCGAAGCGGGUCAACAACGGCAACAAGAUGCGCAACAGUGGGAGCCCGUACCACCGCGAGGAGACGCGGCCCAUAGCACAGGGCUCGUGCCAGAGCGAGCUGCACCGGGCGCUGGAAAGGCUGGCCGCCUCGCAGACCCGCACGCACGAGGACCUGUACGUCAUCCCCAUCCCCAACUGCGACCGCAACGGCAACUUCCACCCCAAGCAGUGUCACCCGGCGCUGGACGGGCAGCGGGGCAAGUGCUGGUGCGUGGACCGCAAGACGGGGGUGAAGCUGCCGGGUUUCCUGGAGCUGAAGGGGGACUUGGACUGUCACCAGCUGGCGGAUAGCAUGUGAGCACGACCGUGGCGGCCCCGCGCCACGCCACGGCCAGGACACCCACCGGGGCUGCAUAGGAGAGGAAGAGAUGGGACGCGAUUGCCGAGCAGCUCCCCGGUGCCGGGGGACCGCGGCACGGGCCCCGGAUCGCCGCUGUGCUCUGCGCCAUGGGCUGCCUAUGGCACGGGGCACGGCACGGCGACCUGCGCCACGACCACUAGCCAGCCGCCACUGCCGAGGGGUCCCCGGCACGUGCCAGCGGCACCUCCAUCCCGCACGGACGCUUGCUUGGACGGAUGCUGCCCUGGGGCUGGUGUCAGGCCGCCCGAGCGGAGCGGGUGGAGAGCACCCACGAUGCAGCCGCCCCUCGGUGCUGCUCCCGCCGGCUCCGAUGUCUGCCCACCCCGCGGUGCCCCCCCCGGCUUUCGCCCCAGCCCCUCCGUGCCGCGGCACUGCCGGGGGACCCGGAGGCCGAUGGCUGCGGCAGAGGCUCGGCUGCUGCCCUGGUCCAGCCCGGCCCCGCAGGCGGCCACGGACACGCCGGCUCCUCGUGGGGUGCCGCGGCGGUACCCCUGCCCGCAGUGCCUUGCCGUCCACACCAGACCUCUGCGUGCGGCUGCUGGAGAAGUGCCUCAUCCUGCCCUCCCCGGUGGCGGGAGGCUGCCCAGGCAAGGACCGGUCGCGGAGGGGGGCCCGGAGAGACCCCCCCCCCUUGCCACCGCCUGCCUGGGACCCUCCCCGCCUCCAUCUCACCCAAAGCGUGUGCGUGCGAUGGGCAUCAUCGCAGCCGCACAAAGCAAUAAGAGACCUUCCCCCUCCGUGCUGCAGCCCCCCCAGCCCCAUAGCCCGGGUACUGCCUGCCCCACAGCCCAGCCCUGUCCCGCUCCCUGCGCAGGGACAGAGCUGGCGGCCGCAGCCUUUUCCUCCCGUCCGUCCCGUCUCCCCCUGCCCCGUCCCCAGCUACCGUCCCCGGGGCGAGGGGGGGCAGGCACCCCCAGGCGUGCGGGGGUGCGUCCCUGCGGGCGCUGGGUCCAAGGGGAGGGUUGGGGGGCAAGGGACACCCAGGAAACACCUCCCAGCAGGAAGGGCUUCUUUUGUUUGUUUUUUUUUUUUUUCUUCCCCAAAGAUUUUUAAUAUUUGAAAAAUGUUGUUGGUGGGUUCUUAAAACUGACUGUGUGGCCCCUGAGGCAGAAAUCCUCCAUCUCCACGGAGCGGGGUACUGCCGGUGAUGGUUUCUGUCUUCUCUUCUUCCAACUUGGCCAGCGUGACAAAACCGGGCUGAAUUUCUGGAACGUCUCAGUGACAGGAUCUGCAGAUUUCGCCAGCACAAAGUUCUCAGCUGAGAAAUUGUCACUAUUUUUGUAGCUAUAUUUUUUCUUCUUUUUUUUUGAGCUGGGCUGGAAAUUUUUCACCUAAAUGUCUUUUAGGCGAGAAAUGGCCGUGCUGGCUGCCAUGGCAAGUGUGCCAAAGACGGAGGGGAUUUUGCCAAUCCCCACCCCCCAGCUCCAUGGCCACAGUGGGAGGUUUUGGUUUUCCGUGUGGGUUUGCCCCGUGCAUGCCAGUGGGUGCCAAGGCCCCUGAUGGGAACGAAAUGUUUCCGUUUUAGUGAAACACCCUCCUGCCCCGCGCCGGUCCCCGACAGCUCCCCGGCAUGGCAAGGCAUGGCAUGGCACGGCACGGCACAGCACGGCACAGCAGCUCCCUGGCACUGGUGGGGACGUCCCCAUGUCUCUUGGCAGGGGCGCGGGUGGCACGGGGAUUGGCAAGUGCUGCGGUCGCGUUGGCCAGGGCUGGCUGGACAGCGAGGAUGGAACGAGCUGGGGUGGGGGCUGGCACCAGGCUCAGCAUCGCAGCUCAUCGGCACGGCUUCGCCUGGCUUCUCACCUGGGUGACAGUGUCCCCGUGUCACGCCCCGUGUCCCGAGGUGCACGUGUCCCAGUGUGGCCCCAGUAACUCCCACCGUGUGUCCGGUGGGGCUGUGCUCCUGCCCCCGCCCCGCUGCAAACCGCCGUCCCCGGCAGGGUCCCACAGAGCUGUCGAGCCACCGGCUGCAUCCCUGCUCGGUGCCUCACCGGGCUCCUGCCAAAAUCCCCCAAUUGCCCUGGUACCCCGCCAGACCCCCUGCCUGCCCUCGUGCCCUGCCGGACCCCCUGCCUGCCCCGGCGCCCGCCCGGCUGGCUGUGUGUGGCCCCGCUCGGCGGAGGCUGCGCACAACUUCCAAACUGAGUCAAUUUGCCAGGAUGGUGGUCGGUGAGGACGGGGGUCCCUGCCCCUGCCGGAGCCCCCUGCGCCCCAGUACCACCGUGGAAAGGAUGGGUUUCCCAGGGCGAGGGGAGGUGCUGUUGGGGACCAUGGCCGGUCACGGUGCUGGUCCCGUGUGGCCGUGCCGGCAGCACCACGGUGGGGUGCAGGAUGCAGUGGGCAGCCCCAGCCCGCCGGGCUCAGCCGCCCGGACCCUCCCUGCAUGCGGCCAGGGCAGCGCUGGCAGAUCCAGUGGAGCCUCUCCUGGUUUUGGGGUGGCCGGGAGGCGGCCAGGCAGGGGCCGGGGAUGCCAGCGCUUGCCAGGGCAUGUUCUGUGUCCAGCUCAGAGGGCUCCAGCAUUUUGUAUCGUUUCUCCUGUAGUUUAAGGCUGUAUUUACACAUGAUCAUAUACCAGCGUAAGGCUCCCCAACCCCAGCGGUGUUUUUCUGCGCCGAUGUGAUUUCUGUCAGUUCCUCCUGGGCCAAGCCUGUCCCUUCGGACUCCCAUGUAGCACCAACCCUCUUUUACAGUAAACUUGAACCUUUGUAUCAUCAAAAAGAAAAAAAGAAGAUAAUUACUGUA